UUGCAGAGGCUAAUAGGCCAUAUUCAGUUUGUUGAUGUAUCAUUUCAUUAUCCUGCAAGGAGUUUGAUGCCUGUUCUAGAACACUUAAACUUCUCUGUAAAAGCAAAUGAAGUCAUUGCCAUUGUUGGUCUGAGUGGCAGUGGAAAGAGCACGUUAAUCAACCUUUUACUUCGCCUGUAUGAGCCUUGUAGUGGUCAGGUAUGUAUUGAUGGUUUCCCUCUCAAGGAGUUGGACAUUAGAUGGCUGAGGCAGAACAUUGGAUAUGUUGCGCAGGAACCGCAUAUCUUUCAGAUGGACAUAAAGUCGAACAUAGAGUAUGGUUGCCCUAAGAACUUAAAUGAAGAAGAUAUUAUAAAGGCAGCAAAACUGGCUUAUGCCCAUGACUUUAUUUCCUCACUUCCUAAUGCACUUAGUGGUGGACAAAAGCAGCGAAUUGCCAUUGCGAGGUCCAUUAUCAGAGACCCAGUUAUUAUGAUUCUGGACGAACCAACCAGUGCCUUGGAUUCUGAAAGUGAGCAUUAUAUCAAGGAGGUGUUGUAUACAUUGAGAAAUGAAAAUAAAUCAAGAACCAUCAUUAUCAUUGCACAUAGGCUUUCUACUGUAAAAGCUGCUGACCGAAUCGUUGUUAUGGAUAAUGGUCGAAUUAUUGAGAUGGGUAACCAUGAAGAGCUUUUGGUCAAAGAUGGGCUCUAUGCCAAGUUAAAUAAAAUUCAAGCUGAUGUAUUUUAAUUUGAUUCAAUUUGUUUUGGCAAGGGCAAGAAAUUAACUUGUUAAGAAUUCUCUAUUGCUUAUUACAAUAGUAAUUAUUGAUAUCAUGGUAGAUGUUUGAAUUGAAUGACAGUAACAAUAUAACAUUUAAAAUUUGAGUAGGAUUAAAAUUCUAGACAUUUUGCAAUAGCAAGAAAAAAAAUCCAUUUUUUUUUGCCAAAACUUAUUUAUUUAAGGUGGGAAACUAGAGAUGUUCCAUGGACCUCCUAUUUCAUUU